AUGAAGUUUAUACCACUUUCAAUUCAUUUACAAACUAUUGCAGAAUUGUAUGAAAAAUGUGCCUAACUUUCUGAAUAAUUACAUUAAUAAAAUUCUAAAAAUGAUCAAGAUGCUAAAAGUACUAAUGAAAAUACUUAAAUCUCAAAUAGUAUUGAAAUUGAUGAUAUUCAAAAUAUAUCUCCUAAAUCUUAAAUAACUAAAACUAAAGAAAAUAUUAAGUUAACUAUUAAAAAGUUUAAAACUCAAAAUAAUAGUAAAGUUUAAAGUUAAUGUUUGGAUUGUAAUUAAGUUUAUGAGGUAAAAGUUAAGAAAAAAAACAAAAAACAUAAACACAAACACACUUAAAAUAAAAAAUCUAAAAAAAACAGAUAAAUAAUCAAAAAAUUGAAAUCAUAAAAAUAAUAAAAAUAAUUUGAAAUAUAUUUAAAUGAACGAACAAAUAGUGAAAAUUCUAAAAAAAGCAAAAGUGAAAUAAAGAAAACUUCUAUAUUAGAAAAUGAGAAUGAUCAAAAUGAGAAUGAUAGAAAUGAGAAUGAUCAAAAUGAGAAUGAAAAUUAAGAAAAUCAUGAUGAAUUUGAAAUUUCAUUAUGA